AUGGGAUGGAUUUAUGAUGAAAGUACUGACAUCGGGAAUGAUUACCCUCUAAUUAUUACCCGAAUAGAGCCAACUGGCGAUGGUAAAGGCGACAUUGGGGAUCUGUCAACUCACAUUGGCCUGAGUGAAGGCUCACAUGUUCUGAGUAGAUCUCCAGCCAUCGAUAUCUAUGGGAUCUUAAGGGAUAAUAAUCACUCUGAUUAUUAUGACCGUUUAUUUCAAGUCCGACACACUUUUCUCAACCACUCCAUCUUGAUUUUUCUUCGGCUCUGUGUUCUGGUUUUUUUUCAUUCUCAAACUGUGAAAGUGGAGGAUUCAAGAAUGGGGGGGGACAAGCUUAGACUGGAACCCAACAAAGUGGACGAGUUCAAAGCCAAACUGGUAGCCUGGUUUGUGUGCGUUGAAGGCGGUAUUGACAAAUUAAUGGAAAAUAUGAAGGGCAACGAUGAGAGACUCUCCAAACAAUUCAUGACUUCUUGGGAGGACAGAAGGGUGACCAUGGGGGGAAUCUCUUUCGAAAUCAACGAAGAGGUCAUUGCUCAAGUGACGGGCCUUUCAAUGGAGGGCAGCAAAUGGAAAAAGCAGAGCCGCAUUGCAGAUUCUACCAACCUCAACCAAUUUUUCCGCCAAGGCAAGAACCCAAUCAAGAGGGUUGGAGGAUUCAAUAGGGAGGAGCUUCCUCACGUGUGGGACGAAGUCUGCUACAUCGUGAUGAAGUAUUUUAUGCUAGAGGGCAGGCUUAAAUGUUUGAAAGCCCAGCUUGAGGAAGUUCUGGCCUGGGAAGAACCUUAUUGGAGUUUUGUUAAUUCAAUCCCUCCACUUGUUAAUGAGGAUGAUAAUAAGAUGCUUAUGGCUCCUUUUACUAAUGGUGAGUUAAGAGAGGUGGUCUUUUCCAUGCCUCCGGAGAAGGCUCUGAGGCCGGAUGGGUUCAUGACUUUGUUUUUUCAGAAAUGUUGGGACUUUGUGGAGAAUGAUGUUUUAUUAGCCCUUGAAGAGUCUAGGCGAAAUAGAACUAUUUUGAAAGAACUAAAUACUACUCUUAUUGCCAUUAUUCCUAAGGUGGACAAUCCUAACUCUUUCUCUGAUUUUCACCCUAUUGCUCUUUGUAAUACUUUAUAUAAAAUCAUUACUAAGGCAAUUUCAGUUAGGUUGUCUAAGCUCAUUCCUAGGAUUGUGUCUAUUGAUCAGGGUCGUUUUGUUCCUGGAAGGGAAACUUCGAAGGGUGCAAUUGUUGCACAUGAGAUUUCGCAUUCCAUUUCACUUCAGAAGACUGUGACUAUGAUUCUUAAAUCUGAUAUGCUUAAAGCUUAUGGCGUUCCUUCUCUUGUUGUUGCUCCGCUGCAACAGCCUGUUGCCGCUCUACAACAACAGUCUAGCAGUCACUCUGCAAGGUAUUCCCUGCUUGCUUCUUCUGCGAAAGUUCCUACUAAUAGUGUUGCCUAG